CGUGAAAGUAGUUCCGGGCACUUAACCCGAACCGAGGAGGAGGGGAGGGAGAGUCCCGGAUGUUGGCUCGAACKGGAGAAGGCGGAGAAGCUGAGGAGGGACGCCACGGCACCGCAGGCACACCGGUGAAGAAGCGCCUUGCACAAGAGGACAACAACGUCAAGACACACAGGACACUCCUGGAGGAAGAGGGGCUGUGGGGGACACCUUAUCUCGAGAAGGGGAGGUGGACGGAACAGGAGACGGGUGCUCUKAAACUAAACGCUGGGAUUUACAGGGAGAGCCACGGUCUCGGCUGCUUUCAUCCAGAGGGAACUACUGUAACAAGCCACAGCAAAGCUUGUUGUGUCCGUUUGACACCCAGAAGACGCGAUGCUAAGGUCCUGAGCUAAAGGAGUCCUGGUUUCUUCCCCACAUUUGUCUGUUUCCACAUCUGGAGCACUUUCCGUCAGUCAUCAGGCAUCAUCUCUAACUACCACUUCCACCUACCCCAUUCUUACCCCUUUUUACCUGCCCAGCCUGCCGUCACCAUGACGUCGGAGCUGGAGAGCAGCCUGACCUCCAUGGAUUGGCUUCCUCAACUGACCAUGCAAGCAGCCAUCCGUAAAACUGAUGCUCAGAAUGCCCACGGGCCCGGCAUGGGCAAGAAGAACACCCUUCUAGAUCACAACACCACACUGGAUCAGGAAGAGGUGCAGCAGCACAAGGAUGGCAAGCCUCCUUACAGCUACGCCAGCCUCAUCACGUUUGCUAUCAACAGCUCGCCAAAGAAGAAGAUGACAUUGAGUGAAAUCUAUCAGUGGAUCUGCGAUAACUUUCCUUAUUAUAGGGAGGCGGGCAGCGGCUGGAAGAACUCAAUACGGCACAAUCUGUCAUUAAACAAAUGUUUUCUCAAAGUGCCUCGCUCUAAAGAUGACCCUGGAAAGGGCUCCUACUGGGCUAUUGACACCAACCCAAAGGAGGACGCCUUGCCUACUCGGCCAAAGAAAAGGCCUCGGUCUGGAGAGCGGGCUUCCACGCCAUACAGCCUGGAUUCUGAGUCUUUGGGGAUGGACUGUAUGAUCCCUGCAAGUGCCUCUCCAACGCUGGCAAUCAACACUGUGACUAACAAGGUGGCGUUAUACAACACAGACCAGGAAGGUAGCGAUAGUCCAAGAAGCAGCCUUAACAACAGCCUGUCUGAUCAGAGUCUGGCCUCCGUCAAUCUCAACAGUGUGGGCAGCGUUCACAGCUAUACACCGGUAACCAGUCACCCAGAAACUGUGUCCCAGUCGAUGAGCCUGCAGCAGCCGCCACAGUCCCAGUACAACUUGCCAGACAGGGACAAGCAGCUUCUGUUCUCGGAGUUUGAAAAUCUCAGUGCCUCCUUCCGCAGCCUUUAUAAGUCUGUUUUUGAGCAGUCUUUCAGCCAACAAGGUCUGAUGGGGAUACCGUCAGAUAACUCCCAGCAGACCCACACCUCCUGCUCCUAUCAGCACUCCCCCAGUGGCACCAUUAACACUCAGAACAACCUAUCAAACAACCAACCCAACAGCCACCCCAACAACCACGCCACCAACAGUGGACAGGUGCCGCUGUCCCACCCCGGCCACGGCUCACCCCACACACAGCACCUCUCGCAACACGGCGGCACCCACGGCCAACACGGUCAGCACCCGCAGCACUCUCAGCACCCGCAGCACGCCGUUCACCCCCAGCACGGGCAGCACCCACCCCACGGGCAGCACCCGCAGCAACACGCGGCGCACCCCUCCCAACACUCGCAGCACAGUCAGCACCCGGCUCAACACGGACAGCAGCACCCGAGCCUCUCUCACCAGCCCCAUCCCACCCAGCAGCAGAUGGCCUGCAACACAGGGUUACUGUCCGACUGGUACCCAAAUUUAGAUGCACUGAAAGAAAGCUGUCGUAUUGCCAGCAGCUAUAACUGGGCAGAUGUUGACCUUUCACCUUUCCAAGGGUUGAGAGAGAGCAUGAGACAGGCUGAGCUGAACAAUUGGUGCCUUGAACCCACCCAGAUUGCAGACCUCUGCUCAUCCAUCAACCAGUUUUUUGCCCGGACCGGAGUAAUUCAGCAACAGGGGGCGGUGCAGAGUCCUGUUUGCCAUGGCCCCAUGCACACCAACAAACCCAGCCAGCACCUCAACACAGGAAAUCUCUACAUGGACUCGAGACAGAGCAUGCCCAUGAUGGGUCCUCCAGGAUAUCCCCACAUGCCCCCCAUGAGCAGCACAGGACCCACGAUGACAGGACACCAUGCGCAGAUGAACCAGCAGCACAUGAUAACUUCCAGAAACUUCCAGAUGCAUCGCAUGCCAGCCGACGACAUCCAGGAUGACUUUGACUGGGACUCCAUUGUCUAGCCACYGAGAUCCCCUUGUCGCAAUUACACCCGAGUGAGGAGAGGAGGUGUUAAUCCAGAGGAAGCCGGGCUGAGCUGACAGGCUGCAGGUGGAGGAGGACACUGUGUGAUGCGGAGGAACAUUGGACGAGUUUUUUGGGAAAGUACAGACUGCAGAGUCCUGAUAAUUUUUACAAAUCAUUACCCGAAAAUGUUACUUCGAAGACAAUCAUAUUUAGCCGGACAUGUUAAUGUGAUCAAUUACGAACUUGUCUCGAGGCGAGCAGAACUCAUUCAUGUCUAAACCACACGGUCCUCAGCUCUUCAGCCAGCCCUCUCCUCAUCCUGAGCGAUCAGCCUUCCAAAGUCCUCCCCCCGCUCCCCCCGACCUCUCUGCUCCGUAACCGUUAUGUGAUUUGAGCGACGUGUUCAGCUUGUAAUUCUUCUCGUGUUGACAUUGGCCUCAGCUGCCUCUAAGAUGAUGAUGUUGUCUCCCUCUUCUUUUUCUUUUAUUUUUAUUUUUUUACUUUAUUUUGUUAACUGUUUGAUUUUGGAAAACACAGGCCGUCUCUGUGAGUAACGUGAUGGUGCUCAUUGGUCACGUUUGGGAGAAAGCGGGCUCCACUGUGGCAGAAUCGGCGAUUGAGUCAGGUUUACAAAAGCUGAGGUUUUUUAAACAGGGUGUUAAAUCUUGAUUUUAUCUUAGAACAAGGCGGAGAUCCCGGAGUAUUGUGAUCUGUCCUCUGCAGUGCGCUAGUUAAAAAAUCUCAUCUUUAGUUCUCAUUUUCAAGCACUUCAGGAUGAAUGAAGAUGGUGGUGAGCAGAAAAAAUCAGGCAAGUGAAAGAGUGGAUUUUUUUAACAAACUAUGGUAAAGUUUUGUCUCUCUGUGUGCUUCAUGUUGGUUUUUAUUUCCUUCACUUUACACAAACUCCUACACCUUUUUAAAAACCAAGGCUCUAGUUUGUUUACAAGUUUUAAACCAUUAAGAAAAAUGAUGGUUGGCUUUAAAUCAGCUUGGAAUAAUGCUGGAAGGCAAAUUUUAAUCUUUAGCAUUUCCGCAUCAAAAAUUUAAAUUAUGGGAUUUCCUUUUUCUUUUUUUUUUAAAUUGCCCCACGUUUUGUUUUGAUUGCAUAUAAUUUAGCUAUUAUACAAUUACAAGAAGUGAAGAAAGCCUCACAUGAUACAUAGUGUGUAUUAGUGAGUGUUUGGGAUGUGAUUGCUUCAAUCAUCUCUAUGAGCACAAGUUAGACGGACUCAGUAGAAGCGUGUCGAACUGAGACGUGCACUUCCAUGGAAAGUGUUUCUGAAGCACAGAGUGGAGACAUCGGUGGUUCUGUUUACUGGGCCUUUAUGUCCUGUUUUCAAGUGACUCCAACAAUCAGACAUGUGCUGACCUAAAAAGACACUGUUUUAAAAAAACAAACACUCUUUGCACAUUAUGUUUACUCAACGUUUAGAUGCUGAGCUAGUGGAUUGUGUAAAAUUCAUCAUUUCACUGAGAGAAUCUGACAGAACUGCUGUCAUUAUUUGUCGYCUGAAGCUCUGCGUCUAAGACACUGCGUCUGUAUUUUAAAGGGUUAUUGACAACUUUUUGGGAUGGAAUAUGUGCUUUUCGAUUUGGAGACAACUGACUACCACUGAUGUUAUCUGAUAAAUGUGACCCAACAUAUUGAAACUAGGAUUAAGGCUAAAAGUGUGAAGAGGCAGAUCUAGUGGGGUUUUGUUUAAAGUUUAUAAAAAUUGUAUUUUAUCAUAAUAUAACAAAUCAUUAUUCUUAUCAAUGAACUGUCUGAAAUAUAAUCCUAAAACAUUUUUGAAGCACUUUUGGCAACAAAAAAACUGAUUUUGAGGAAAAACGCCUUAAAAUUUAGAGAUUUUUCCUGUGAGCUAGUAAAACUUUUUCUUUCCAGCUAGGAAAUCUCAAUAUUUAAAUACUAUUUGAUGUUUCCUCUUUAUAAUAACUUCAAAAAUCUAUAAUUAAAAUUAAUAUUAGACCAGAUAUUAAUGUAUUAUCRUAACCAACAAGACAAAUUGAGUCAUAUCUCUGGAAACGCUAACAUCAGAAAGAUCCAGGUGUCAAAAUGUAGCUUUUAAAGCCAGGAACCUGAAGAUGUGAUUAGGUCAUUUUGACCAAAUUUAACUUAAUUCUCAUUUUGAUAUAAUGGGUCACAAAUGUCAGCUAUACAUCAUACAUCAUCAUACAAUAUCAGCUUUUGUCAGUUUGAAGAGUUUAGGAUACAGACUGCGAACGCCCUGCCUGUUUUUGUCUAGAUCGGACUGCCAGAGUCGACACUGCUCACACAAACCCAAAAUAUAAACUCAUUUUUAAUUMUUUUUUCUAAACAUCUCAAGCUCCGUUAAAUAAAACACAUUUAUAUGUUCAAUCAAACUGCAUCAUAUUUGUGCUAUUAAAGAGCAGUUUGUUGCACAAAAUGUUUUUAAAUAAGUUGACUCUAAAAUUGGCAUAUUCUCUGGUAUGCCUUAAUUCAAGCACAAACCUAUAAUAUCCUUUAAUGUUUUA